AUGGCUACUGCUUCCGGCCCUGAUGGCGGCACCCCCAAGCCCGACUUCCUCACAGCGCCGUUUCUCAACGUCUACGAGCGACUGCCCGCCCACUCACCCUCCACCCAUGCCCACAUCAUCGACGCGGGCCCCUUCAGGGAGGUCCUGAUCGAGAGCGAAGAAGAGUACGAUCUCAAGAUCCAAGAUGCAGUGGCCACUAUGCUGUUCAAGAUCUCCAAGGACACCCUAGACACGUUCCUCAGCGGCGUCACAGAUUCGUUCAAGCUCGUUCAAUCGUGUGAAAGACGAAGCAACUGGCAGCUCAUCAUCUGGAGGCAGGGAACUCAGGUUCUGAUUGGUCAAUUCAUCGACAACGAGAAAGAGGAUUAUCUAGAGUGGGGUAACCUCGUUCGUUGCACUAUCAACUACGACGGAUCUUGGGGUCUCGACUCUGUCAGCCACGGCAGAGUAACUGAGCGAGAGUAUAAACAGGCAUAUUUUGAGACGUCUAUGUAUAUCGGCACCAGCCGAGAGUUGGGCGCUGGCGACGAGAAAGAGAUGGCAGAGUAUGCAAGCACCUUGAGCGAUUAUAUCAUCAUGGAAAGGUGUUGGAGCGCCGAUGCAGGUUCCAAAUGGGACAUCGAGACCACCAUGGCUGAUUGA